CUACCUACUGAUUCCUUCAACAACAAGCCAUGGGAAGUAGGCGAGAGUGGUGCAGUGGGUGUGGGCUGCAGCUGCUUGUCCCAACAGACGCGACGGCGGUUCGCUGUGUUGUGUGCCAAGCCAUCACCAGGUUUCCCUACCCACCACCGCCGGCAGCCCCUUUUGUAUAUGGCGGGAGUAGUUACUGUUCUCGUCCACCGCCACCUUUAUCCCCUCUUGCUUCUGCUUUUGGGAGAAAGCGGGCGGUGCUCUGUGGAAUCAACUACUAUGGCAAACCUUACAGGCUCAAGGGCAGCAUCAACGAUGUCAAGUGCAUGAACUACUUUCUACUCAACAAAAUGGGUUUUCCUCCUGAUUCCGUCCUUCUCCUCUCAGAAGAGGAGACCAAUCCACUAAAAACUCCGACCAAACGAAACAUCCGGUUGGCUCUGAAAUGGUUAGUGGAAGGUUGUCAGGCAGGGGACUCGCUUGUGUUUCACUUCUCAGGUCAUGGGACGACUGAACCCGACUACGAUGACGAUGAAGUUGACGGGAACGACGAGGCACUUUGCCCUCUAGAUUACGAGACAGAAGGCUUCAUCAUCGAUGACGAGAUCAAUGGCACCAUUGUAAGGCCCCUGCCUUAUGGAGCCAAGCUUCACGGGAUUAUCGAUGCUUGCCAUAGCGGAACUGUUCUUGAUCUGCCAUUUGUUUGCAGGAUGAACAGCUGGUUGUGCAAAGUAAAAUAUAGGGAAGGGUAUUACAUUUGGGAAGAUCAAACUCCAAGAGAAAUUUAUAAAGGAACAAGUGGUGGAUUAGCUGUCUGUUUUAGCGCCUGUGAUGAUCAUCAACUUUCUGAAGAUACAACGGCUUUUACUGGAAGCAAGGUGAUGACAGGGGCAAUGACAUAUAAUUUCAUACAAGCAGUUCAAAAUGAACCAGGAUUAACGUAUGGACGAUUGCUUAAUUGCAUGAGAAAUGCAAUUCGUGAGUCAAAAUCAUCUGGUGGGCUACGCCUAAAUGGUCCCAUUGCUUCUAUUCUUAAUAAACUAGUCUUCACCUCCAACAAUUCUUCUGGGGAGCCACAGUUGUCUUCGUCGGAGAAAUUUGACAUCUACUCUACCAAGUUUAUACUGUGAAUGCUUGUGUUAUAACGUCUACUUUAUUUUGUGUACGAUAUAACAUCGAUGAAGCCAGCCAAGAACAAUGGAGCGAUGUACUUCAUAAUUAAGACUUUACCGUAUGUAUAUAUAUAUAUAUAAUCCAUUUCUGAAAAUGGGAAGCAAACAUUACAAGUUAUGGCA